CGGCAAACCCCAAACUCUGUAUUAUUAAUCGCAGAAUUCUUGAUUGUUAAGGGUGUAAUUUUUCUCUAGAAGAACCAGAGGAUACCCCUCCAACAAAAGUUGAAGCCGGGACCAGUCCCUUGGAACAAGAGGAGGAGGCUACUACAACAAAAACUGAAGUAGGGACCAACCCCCCAGACCAGGAAGAGGAGCUUCCUGAGAGAGUGGACACAGGGACUGACCCCCUGGAUCAAGAAGAGGAGGGUCCUUCCCAAGCAACCAUGGAGGAGCCGGCUAGCAAAACGACAGACCUCAGUCAAAGAGGUUCCCGAAAUCUGGCCCAGAUAGAUGGGGAGGAGGUGGAUACCAGUAAAAUGAAAUAUGUCGAGGGAGUUCAGUGUGCCAGAGUGGAUGUCAUGGAUACAGGGUUCACAGUGCCAGAGGUCAUCAUCAUGGAAGGUCAAGGUGUUUUGUUUGAAAAAGGAGGGAGAAAGACCUUGGAGAUUGUUCAGGUGAUUCAUGAUGGUGACAACCUGAGACCUGUGAUUGGUGGAUUUGGUUCCAAAGAUGCCAAGGUCAAGGACAAACAAGACAACUAUAUACAGCAAUUCAAUUUAGAAGGAGAAUAUAAAUUUGCAGUGUCUAAGAUACGCUGUACCCCCCUGACUGUAAUUGUAAGACGUCGUCUGCCGUUGAGGGCAGGCGUGACAGACGAAGGAUUUAACCCCCAGAUCAUUGCGGUCGACCAGGGGGACACGGUUGAGUGGUCGUGGAAGGACUGUACUGUGCCCCACUCCGUACAGGAAGUGAAUUAUCUGUUUGAUAAAGGAGUGUUUGUCAAAACUCAGUGGCCAGAUGGGGCAAGCAAUGUUGUAAGAACGAUCACAGGAAACUUCUCCAAAAAAUUUCUCCGUCCAGGAAUAUACUUUUUCCAAACAGAAAGCUCAGAGCUUCACAAGCAACAUUUCUGUGUGGUCAGAGUCAGGCAAAGUAUCAGGGAGUAUAAGGUGGAGAUAUCAGACCGGGCCUUCCAUCCCCCAGUGUUACUGAUAGAGACCGGGGACAGGGUCUGGUGGUAUUGGGACAAAUUUAAGUGCAAGAAACACCAUUGUGUAUACCAGAUAGAGGCUCCGACCUUAAACCAGGAUGAUGAGGAACCGUAUCAACCGGUUCAGAAUGGCUUCAGGUGGAGUCAACCAAGUAAGCAGGGUCUGCUGUCCCACGUGUUUACAGAGCCUGGUGUGUUCUAUUACUCUGAUCAGAACUUCCAGGAGGCAGCGGAGUACAUUGGUACUGUGAUCGUCAAACCCAAACCAAAGGAACACAGGGUAAUGAUCAAAGAAGACGGGUUUGAACCAGAUGUUGUAAGAAUCAGAACAGGGGAGAGAAUCUGGUUUUGGUGGAACCCCAUUCUGUUUUCUAAGAAAAAUGUCCCUGUUUUACUGAGGGAGGUAGAAAAAUGUCUGAAUCCAGCAACGAAGCGACCCUCCACUCCAGAGGAUGAAUCUAAAUACCAGCACCCAGAUGAAGAGACUGUUAAACUGAUCACAGAUGUGGGAUUUGCGACAGUUUUUUAUUCCACAACAGGAGUGUAUCAGUACAGGGUACGGAACUCGACGGUGUGUUCGGUGAUCGUCAGCCCAGGAGAAAAGAAUCACACGAUUCACCUGACAGACAGUGGACCGGAACAGAAGGUCAUCAUGUCGGUCCGACCCAAUGACCGGGUCUGGUGGGUUUGGCAGAGCACUAAGAAGCAGCACAAUGUCAUACAGGUGUCCCAUCAGGGCGACCCUAUCCCCGGGGGGUUCUGCAGUGGCAUGCCUCGCGACUCACCCUCAGCAUUCGUACAUACUUUCGAAUUUCCAGGAGUGUUUUACUAUAAAAGUCAAAGUUUACCAAAGGUAUUUGGAGCCGUGGUGGUGACUACACAGCCAGUGGUUCACGAAGUGGAGGUGGGGCCCAUCAUACGACCUGACCCCAUCUCAGUCAAAGUUCACGACAUUGUGUGCUGGAUCUUCAGCAAACCACAGAAAGAGAACGUGCUCGAAAUCACCCACCCUGACCAA